CACGAUAUGGUUGUCAAAUACAUUAACACUUAAGUGCUCUAUACAUCUGUUAGAUUAAAACUGUUGCAAGUAUAAGUUGCAAAAUACAAAUAUAAAUCGCUCCUUCGAAAGUUUGUACGGAGGCUGAUAUAAAUAUUGCAUCCACUGGUUAGCUUAUCUGACGAAAAACGAAAUUCAUUGAAAUGAAAUCUUUUGUUCUGUCAAUAUUAGCAUUAUUUUUAAUUUUGACGGUAAUUGGGAACGCUUCUGCCAAAUGUAGACACAAUGAAACUGUUCCCGGUUGCCGUCCAUGCUCGGUAACAUGUGCCGACCAGCACAAGAUUUGUUCGAAAAUUUGUAUUCACAAUUACAAAUGUUACUGCAAACCUGGAUACUUGAAAAAACAUGGCAAAUGUGUACCAAUAUCACAAUGCUGAGCGAUGAAUAUGAGGUUUCCUACGUUUAUGAUUUGUAAUCUAUCAUAAUAAAGGUUGUUAUUCCAGCAUAUACCAUUUGUUCAUCGUCUAAAAACUACGUAAACAGUUUCUCUCUUAGCUAAUAUGCUAAGUGACAUAUAAAUCCGAACACCCAGUUUAAAUGGU